UGACGCCAUCUUGAAAUCGUCCCGAGCAGAGGAGGCGAGGAGGAGACGGACUUGGGAAAAUCAGCUCGUCCUAAACUCGACAGCUACGCGGAUUAACGGCAGCUUCAGCGGCUAGUGCUAUCAUAUGAUAGUCUUUCCACUUGUUCAUUCGAAUCUUUUGGACCGGGAACGGUUGUUUGGCCCACUUUGGAGAGGGCUGUCGCAGCGGGAGGGGGGCAAAGGCAGUCUGGUAAUCGGUUGUUUCCCUGCUGGAGCGGACGGAGCCGUGGUUGUGGCCGGGCAGCCCCGCCGGACCGUCGGACGAAGCCUAAAAUCUCUGCACGGAAUAUAACACCUAAGAUAAAGCUUUUAAAUCCUUUUUUGCAAAUAGCGGGAGAGUGGAAAUGCUCCCUUUCGACGCAGUUUGGACAUUUUGAGAGCUAUGCGACGGAGCUCACCGAGGAGAAGUUUGAUUGGAGAGCGGAGUGCGUUUGAUUUGCAGUCCGAUGGAUGUUAGCCCUGCCCGGCUGUGGCUCGGGUCCGUGCACCGUUCUUCUGAAAAAUAGCACCACCGGGCACAGGUGAACAAUGCUACUGCUGCAGACCUGGCAAGUACACGAUAACCCCGGCUCCAGUGCCAUCAGUUCACCCUGCAUUGCUUGUGUAUAAACCUGGAAAUACCAGCGACCAUCCCCUCCUCCUCCUCCUCUUCUUCAUCAUCCUCCUCCCGUCUUCUUUUUUUGGACUAGUGAGGCUUGCAUUACCUGGGAUAUUUUGGAUGUAGACUCGAGCUUGACUUUUUUUUUUUUUUUAAGAUGCAAUAUUUCCAGAGACAACAAGACAUUUAAUUUGACUCAAUCGUUUUGAGAUUUUUUUUUUUUUAAAUUCUGGAGCUUUUUGUGCUUUUGUAAAAUUCUCUUUCUAGUCAAGAGGAUCCAAUUCGGAUGGAAAAUGGGAGACGCCACCAAAUUGGCCUUCGCCGUUUUCCUCAUCUCCUGCUCUUCAGGUGCCAUCCUGGGACGCUCAGAGACGCAGGAGUGCGCCUACUACAACUCCAGCUGGGAGAAGGAGCGGACUAACCGCAGCGGCAUCGAACCCUGCUACGGCGAGAAAGACAAGAGGCGGCACUGUUUCGCCACAUGGAAAAAUGUCUCCGGGACCGUGGAGAUUGUCAAGCAGGGAUGCUGGUUGGAUGAUGUCAACUGCUACGACAGUAACGAGUGUGUGGAGAGGAAGGAGAGUCCCGAUGUUUUCUUCUGCUGCUGUGAAGGCAACAUGUGCAACGAGAGGUUCCUGUACGCCCCUGAAGCGCCCCCGCAGAGCGACCCGCACCAUUCGACCGCCUACACCACCUCCAACCCAUUCUCCCAGAAGCCCCAGCUCUUCAGCACCCUGCUUUACUCCCUGGUUCCCAUCAUAGGCCUGGCCGCUGUCGUCCUCUUCUCCUUCUGGAUGUGGAGGCACCACAAACUGGCGUACCCAGCUGCUCUCGUCCCCACACAUGAUCCCGGACCCUCACCCCCGUCCCCAAUUCUGGGACACAAACCUCUGCAGCUGAUCGAGGUGAAAGCCAGGGGGCGCUUCGGCUGUGUGUGGAAGGCGCAACUGCUGAAUGAAUACAUGGCUGUUAAGAUCUUUCCCAUCCAGGACAAGCUGUCUUGGCAGAACGAGUACGAGAUCUACAGCGUGAGCGGCAUGAAGCACGAAAACAUCCUCCACUUUAUCGGCGUGGAGAAGAGGAACAACAACCUGGACCUGGAGCUGUGGCUCAUCACCGCCUACCACGACAAGGGCUCGCUGACAGACUACCUGAAGGCCAAUGUGGUGUCCUGGAACGAGCUCUGCCACAUCGCUCAGUCAGCAGCCCGCGGCCUCGCCUACCUCCACGAAGACAUCCCAGGACACAAGGACGGGCACAAGCCCUCCAUCGCUCACAGGGACAUUAAAAGUAAGAAUGUGUUGUUGAAGAAUAACCUGACAGCCUGCAUAGCUGACUUUGGCCUCGCUCUGAAGUUUGAGGCAGGAAAAUCAGCAGGAGACACACACGGACAGGUGGGAACACGACGUUACAUGGCUCCCGAAGUCCUGGAGGGAGCAAUCAACUUCCAGCGUGAUUCCUUUUUGCGCAUCGAUAUGUACGCCUUUGGCCUCGUCCUGUGGGAGCUGGCAUCGCGGUGCACCGCUGCCGACGGACCAGUAGAUGAGUACAUGCUCCCCUUUGAGGAGGAGGUGGGUCAGCACCCAUCUCUGGAGGACAUGCAGGAGGUGGUGGUGCAUAAGAAACUGCGGCCCUGCCUGCGAGACUGCUGGCAGAAACACACGGGUCUGGCCAUGCUUUGUGAAACCAUCGAGGACUGCUGGGACCACGAGGCCGAGGCACGCCUGUCCGCCGGCUGCGUCGAAGAGCGCAUCGGACAGAUGCAACGCCAGGCACCCGUCAUCGGCCCUGAGGAGAUCGUCACUGUUGUCACCAUGGUGACAAACGUGGACCUCCCACCCAAGGAGUCCAGCUUAUGAUCAGCCAAUCAGCCGACGCCAGACGAGCUCUAGCGAAAACACGGAUCAACACGAGGGGAUAAAUGGCCAACCCUGGUUGGUUGGCUUUGUGGGGGGGGGUUUUCUUCUUCUUCUUCUUCUUUGAUUGUUUUUUUUUCUUUUUCCUUCCUGUUCCUUUAAGUGCGGGCCGCUGCUCGCAUUCAGGAAACGCCCCUUGCGCCCGCCUCACCACAUCAGUUGACAUCCACCUCAUUUUAAUAGGUGUGCUUGAGGAUUUUAAUGUUGAACUCUGCCAUCCUGAGCGGACUCACUCAGGAUGUUUUACCAAGCGACAGCGCUGACAUGCUGGGACAACACUCUACGGACACUUUGAUCAUGUAUUGUUUUUAUAUACACAUAUACAUGCAAACGCACGCACACACAGACACACACACACGCACAGAUGUAGGAGGGCAACGUGUUCUGCUCUGAGAAGAUUCUUCGGAGAAAUUUCACAAAACUCUCAGUGCAUUUUAGUGUUAAAAAACAACAAAAGAAGAAAAAAAGAAAGAAAAGACGAGCGUCCGGCUCUUGAUACAUUUGCUGUUUUCUCGUGUGUUUUUUUUCUUUUUCUUUUUUUUCUCUUUUUUUUUUAAAUUUUUUUUUUUUUUGGAGACUAUCGUUCUGCCAAUAAGCAACGGCUUCUGAAUGUUUAUAGUGUAAUGCUGCUGUAAAUAGUGUAUUAUGGACCCAGACAACUUGGUAAUCAAGCUUAUUUUAAAUGGGGGGGAAUGGGGAGGGGGGUCCAUUUUCAAGCAUUACGACGAUAAAAACCAUAAACCUCCUUCAACCAGGUAUACCUCAGUUCAGAUGGACAGUUUUAAAAAAAAAUCAGUCCCUCUCUCCCUGUUCACGGUCAUCGCUCGCACUUCCUUUAGAACCUUUUGGCCCUUCGUCAAUCAACAAAGCCUAGACACACACACACACAGACGCACACAGACACACACGGCCAUACAAACCGUAAAAACAACAACGCAACUUUUUCCCUUCUUCCUCCCCUUCCUUUCUCUCAGUGUCUACUUCAACUUUCUCCUGUUGUUGUUGUUUUUUUGGGUUUUUUGCUUCUAUCAUAUGUUCAUGAGAACGGGAUAAACUCAUGACCCCCCACCCCCCCCCACACCACCACCAACCACACCCUACCCACACCCGUGAUAAUGACGUUUAAAGUUUUCUUCCCCUCCCCCCUUUUGGGUUUGCUGUGUCAGCCGUCAGCAGAGAGUAAAUACCCAUUGCUGACUAGCUUGAAUUGGAGUCACGAGAUCUCUCUCUGGAUUAGCGCUGGGUACCAGCUAUAAUGAUACCUUCUCUUUUUUUUUCUUUUUUCUUUUUUGAUAUUUAAUCUGAGAUAUCAAACUCUCGGGUCAUAUUCUUGUUCAUUCAUUGUGAAAUAAAUUAUGUGUUGUUUGAUUCUAUUUAGAAAAAUCAGAUUAACAAAAAAAAACAUGGAAAAAAAAACAAGAGGUCACCUGGCAUGAUUAUUUUUAGGAGGUAUCAAAUUUGAAGUACAGUUUCCAGAGGUACCCAGCCCUACUUUGGAACUGUGCCUGUAUUUAGCUGAGCCAGCUUGCUUUUGAUUUGAUUGCACGCAUCUUUUUAUUUUGAUUUUUUUUUUUUAAUUAAGAGUUUCUGCUCUCUUUGGAUACACCUCAGGAAUCUUUGCUACUCAACACCACGCCCUCACAUCCUCAUCCUCACCUGUCUCGAACUGGAGUACCUCCUCUCUCGCCGAAUCUUGCGCCUCCUCUGUCUCUUUCUUGCCUCGUCUCCACUUGUUAGAGUUUAGCUGUGCAGUAAUAGUUCAGUGUCUUUAGUCAGUUUGAAGAAAACGGUAUUAGGUAAGGUUGGUCGAUAACUAAAAGUGGACAUAAUCUGCUCCCCAUUCUUUUUAAGUAGCCAAGCAUGAAUCACAGUUCAAAAUAAUCCUUAUUUAUCUCAUCUUCUGAAAGAAACAGUCACAUGAUAGAGAUAUUAUAUUAUUAUAUUAGGACUAUCCACUUUUUCUGACAUGAAGUUCCACCAAUCAUUUAAUGCCAGAUCCCCACGGCGUUCAUUAGUCGUAAGUUGAAGUCUCAAGGAUGCAGACCGCUGAAUUAACUCCCACAAAAAUGAAGAGAGAUAUUACUCAAGACAGGAAAAAUAUCAACCUGCCCAACCAACACAGUCAACCUGACCUAAUGUAUCUGUAGAACCAAACAUCUGGUCAUGUCUUAACCACCUUCAUUCUGCACUGUUCCAGUUUAGACUUAAUUAAUUGGUUUUGAUCCCUUCGCUUGAGCUGGGCCCACUGGCAUUGGAAUUUGAGGGUUAUUUCCCUAGGGCCUUGGUAACACAGGCCUAGAAACCAGUUGGUGACCCCAUGACAACCAAAACCCUCCUUGUGAUUUCUUUGGUUACCUGUAGCUUGCAGAGAAGACGCCGACUUGUCUGCAAACACUCAUUAUUUAACCUCUGAGACGUACUAGAAACCAAGAAUGUUCCCCUUCAAAGUAAAAGUUCUUAGAAACCCCUAAAACCACUUAGGUUGCUCAACUUGACAGUUUGAAACCCUUGCCGACCCCAACCAGCACACUCACACAGCUAACCAUGGUUCAAUGAGUGGAGACGAGGGGAUCUCUUCUUUCUGUCUUUCAUCCUGGUGCCAUUUCUACGUGUCGAUAUUAGUUAAUCUUGUAGAUGUCAGGCAAAACGGAUGUAUCUGUCGUUGUUGCGAAGGCGACAAAUGACAUUUUUGAGUCUUUAUUUCCUCUGAGGGAUAUUGAACACUGGUGCCGGCAGACCUGCAGUCUCUCCUCAAGCUUUGGGACGGUUUCACAUAUCACAGUUUAAAAUCAAGCUCUGUGUGCAGUUAGAAAAUACUGGGAAAAAGAGACUUCUUUCUAACCAAGCCAUUCACAUUCAAGACAGUGAGGCUAUCUUUACAGCACUGUAUUAUGACGUUUUGGUGAGCAAAAGCCAGUAAGUAUACAAGUAAAACACUAAGAAAUUAAAUUGUUUAGUGAUCAGUUGAGCAAAUCCUUUCAUUUUGCACAAAAAAGUCUGUAAUGAAGCUAAAUGUUUUGGAGAAUGUAGAUGUGUGCCAACAUUUGUACCAAUCAGGGCCAAAUUGUUAAGUUAUCCCACCUAAAUCUAGAAGACUCAAAAAAAAAAAAAAAAAAAAAAAAAAAAGGAUCUUCAGAGUUGAACUGUAAAAGUUCUUUGAGCAAAUUUGACAGCAUAAGUUUGAGGUUAUUUCCGCACAUCAUAUUGCAACAACACCGCAAACCUGAAGGAAGUUGAAGCCAUCAUCUUAUUUACAUAUUGUAGCAUGAGUACAAUUUUUUGCAUCAGUGUCGCUUCCUUAUGCUGCUCCACUGCUGUUCAAAAGCACCUGUUGUCCAAGGUCCUCGCAAGGCUUGAACAGUCAGGGACGAUCAGUACUGCAAACCCCAGCAGCCCUUCAGUAAGUACUACCUCACUUGCAGGGAUUUCUUCAGUAUAGAACUAUGGCAAAUAAACCAAAAUCAUAACCAGGUUGCUAAAAAAAAUUCUAAAUGUUCUUGAUUUAGGGGAAAGGUUUCAGUUUAGGGGUAAACUUAAUUUGUUCCCUGAAGGUCUGACAGACAGAAACAGAAUAAGGCUACAAAGAAGUUUCCUCAUUUCCACCACAAUGUGUUUUCUUGUCCCACAAAGGGAGAUUGAACUGCAGAACGAAAAAGAUCCUUGAAUGACACCAACAUAAGGGAAAGACACCAGUAUUAUUAUUUUUAGUUCCCAUGUUUGUGUCCUCAAAUGCAAAACCUACUCACCAGUGUUCCAGCAGCCAAGUGGAUUUCCAAAAACUGCCUCCAAACUGGUUGGUUACCUGCCAAAGUGGUUGACAAAUCUUAUCAGCCACGAGCAAAGAAACUCGCUGCUGUUUGGUUGGCAGUCACAUCCUAAGCACUGUAGGGGAAAGACUUCUGGCUUGAGUUUAAACUGCGGUCAGAGAAACCGACCCAAACCGACAAAUACCAUUCAGGGAUUCAGUACUAUGCUUUUCUAAGUUCUAGCGAGUUAUAUGCAACCAGUGCCGCAAACUACCCUACACUUCUGUAGGUUCAGCUGCAGGAGUGAAUUUCAAUACACACACACACACAAAUAACUUGUAGCAUUUUUUUUUUUUUUUUAAUCCGUGACCUUGCAUAUUGAUAUGUUGUAUUUAUUUUUUAAUUUACUGGCCUGAGGUUUUGGGGAUUGGAGCUCGAGUGCAACUCGGAAUAAAGUUCUGGCACGAGCUUUGGUUUUUGUUGGGGUUUCAGGGUUUGGGGUGGGUGUUUUGGGGUGGGUUUUCAGUUGUAAUUCAGGAACUACUUUCAUUAAUUGAUUCAAAAAGAAAAAGAUAUAAACUGUACUCAUGCUUCUUUCUAUUCAGUCUAUGGACAAAAUGACCGAGAAUGAAUGUUCUUCAGACUCCUGGAUUCCAGUAUUGUGUGUACUUCGAUGGAUUGAGCCCGGCCCUGUGUAACUUUAGAGGGCUUUGCGUUUGGCUGGUUUCGUGUGAUUGUGCCCUGUCCCGUAGAAACUUGCAAAGCCCAGCGUAUUUGGACAUCCAUUCAUACACCUCUCGGUUGUACCGGCUCUAUGGUCCAUUAGGACCAAACCGACCAUCCAAAGGAUGAUGGGAAAAAAAGGUCUUCAAAAACUUCUGGUCCUACCAUUGUUUUAGCACCUAAACUUCCAAAACAAAGCAGAUAUUUGGUUCUGUUUGUCUUCACCUGAUCAAGUACCCAAUUAAAGCAAUUGACGACAAUCUCGUCUACCAUCCAUUGGUUCCCCUCAGGUCUAGACCAUGCCUGUUCUGACUCCACCAAAGGAGCAUUUACAUAUAGCGACAUGAUGCAUUGCUGAAUUGAACUUUGAGGAUCUGUAGCAUUAACUUCUUGCACUGAAGAGUUAGGAAACUUCACCAAAAGAGCUUCUAAAUACUCAAGGACUCGGAACAUCUCAUUUUAAUAGGUGGCGCUUCUAAAAUGGUCCAGAAUGAACAUGGCCCUAUGGAGCUAUAGCUCAAAUAUUUAAAUUUUGUGGGGUAAAGUUUUUCCCUCUGGAAAUUUUUGGAAAAUAUUUGAGACAUUUGCUGUAGUAGAUGUAUUUUUUCUUUAAACUAGCAGCUUCUUCUGGAAUCUCCUUUAUUGGCAAAAUUAGCUUCAUUGUAAGGGGAAAAGGUAGAAAAAUUUUAAAAAAUUAACUUUUUGUCUAGAAGAACCUUUAAAGAAUUAUUCAUUAUUAUUCAUUGUCAAUGGUCUUGUGAGCACCCCCAACUGAGCUUGAGCCAGUUUCUCUGCAAUGGGUAGUGAAAUGGAUCCUGCUAGAGUGAUUCAACUUUGGAAGCACCAGUUAAUCAAGUCAGUGAAAAUGUAAUUGAUUGGAUGUUGUCUCUGUAAUGAAGAUGCCAGCAGAGGUACACCCCAUCCUCACCCCCAACAAAUGCUCAUGAGAAUCCUCUUGACUGGUAAAUGUUCACAAAAGAGGUUGCACAGCUUUCUAGAUGGCAACAACAAAUGACAGCCUCCCCCAGGGCCUAUUGUACCCAAUGUUCUCGCCCUUGCAAAUGUCAGUGAACACUAAAAGUGCCGUGAUAUCCACUGGCCACACUUUGGUGUUGUUUUAGCUAAUAGCAUCGGGGUUUUUUGUCACCUUUUCAGCUAGUGCAGGAGCUACCAGAUUAAAUUACACUUUCUUAGUUUCCUGUUUUGAUCUCUGGCACUGUUGUGGAGAUUGUGUCUUUCGUUCAGGAGGAUACUGUAGCGAGGCAGUGGUGGUAUCAGUGUUUGCAAGAUAGCUGGUCACCUCAACUUUUGAGGUGACCAGCUUUGGAAAAUGGUCCAGUCAUAUUCGACCCCCCUGAUUUGUAUAAUUUAUCUUGAACUUCAGCCUUAUCCUGAUGAGGAGCAGUUGACUUGGUGACCUGAGAGGAGUGAAAAGGAUGGAUCUUUUGGAUAUUUAAAGGUGUAUGGAUGGGUCCUGCGCGUGUUUAAGCUUUACAUGUUUCUACCACGACUUCCUCCAGCCCAGCACCUCACAUUGCUGUGCAUAUAAACAGUGAAACAUUUGUGUCUUGUUGCCCCCACUAUUUUAAGCAGUCUAGGAUCUGUACAGACAUAAAUACCUGUAUCAACUAUAUACUCUGAGCUGAAUCUUUAUAAGUGCGUGUUGAACUUCAGUGUUUCCUCUACAUUCAUUUAUACUUUUCUUGUGUUUUGACUCAGCACCCAGGCCUGUUAAAGUUUCCCUUGACUAAGCUGGAGGCUCAUUGGAGUACUUUGUAAGGCAGAAAGAAAACGAAUUGUGAUGGUUCAGCCAAAGGUGUUCCUCAGGGAGCCUGCUUGGAUCCCCUGAUGGUUACAUUUAAAAAGCCCUCCGAGCUCUUUAGGAGCUGUUGCAAUAUUCCCGUGCUACUAUGAUCAUCCACUACAGGUUAUUUCAUUCUAACUUCCCAGUCUCCUCCUUUUUCUCGCUGGUGAAAAGAGUUUUAGAGGAAACAUUGAACUCCAUUGACCCCCACCGCUAAGACUGUCUUGGCAGUAAGAGAAGUCUGGUUACCAGGCCUGAAAUUUCUACAAAAAAAAACAAACAAACAAAACAAAUUAAAAAAAAAAUAACAAAACAAAAAAAACAAAAACACUACUUUGACCCCACAUUUCUCGAGGCUCUCGAGUUGCAGCGCUUAUCCAGGGUCUGCCAACACUGUCUCCAGUGCUAAUGAUGCUUACAGGUUGUUUAAGGCUGGGAGAAACUGAUCAGUCUGAACAUGAAACUUCAGUGGGUCAUGUUUAAAAAAGAAAAAAAAAAAAAUCCUCUCUUCAGUGAUGAAAAUGUCUUUUUUUUCUUUGCUCCUGAUACAUGUGACUGUACAUUUUAUGUUACUGAGAAAAAAAUGUGAAAAACAAGAAAGAAACUAAGGUCUGCAAUUUCAAACUGGAAAGUGAAGUACAUCAAACAAACAAAAAAGAAACAUCCCACUGGGUUUUCCUGAGCAGGAAUGAGUCUUUACCAGCUUUAAGGAUGUCCUCAUCCUGACCUCUGACCUUUGGCCUCUCACAGAAGGGAUGAGAGGAAAAUCUCUUGAAAAAGUGUUACAGCAGAGGAAAUAACCUUCAUGAACCCUGUGUACAUUAUAGCAGAGGAGGCAGGACUGAUCCCUGAUUAGCGCUGCGACUCUCGGCUAAUGUUAGCCGGCCAUGGUUUUUAUCAGCUGAAGUGAUCCACGUGAUGUAAAUAAAUGUGUUUUUAGAUUGUGAA